GCUUGGUAAAAAGCAAAACCCUUUCCACUUCCUGUCAUGCCUUAGUUCCUGUGUAGGGCUUCAUUAAAUGGUUUUUCCGUCAUUAAACGCAUUAAUCAUCAGUUGAUUACAGGUUAAAUAUAUCGGAACGACUUUCUUCUCCUUUUCGAGGCACCGUGAAUGUCCUUUGCUAUCGGACAGGUCCUGAACACGGAUUUCCAGGAUUUGCACGUAUUUCAGUUCAGCCGCCGAACUUAAAAGGGCAACUGGGUUAUGGCGGGUGGGACCCGCUAGUAAUCAACAAGGUAAAGUCAGUUAGGGUAACCCCAUGUUGCAGUAUCCUGUACGUUUUUAUGUUCUGCUGAAAUACAUGUAGAAAACAACUACAGUGUCCAACAGAUAUAAGGAUUUAUUUACAAAUGUCGGAAUUUAGGCUAUAUUCAUGUGCCCGUAUGCAUGCAUCUUUCUAUAACCAGCUGUACAUUGUCAAUCAGACGUCACUGAAACGUGCAGGAUAGAAUUAUUUCAAAGUUUUUAUUAAAAUAUGAGUUGUUGAUUGAACUGUUAAAUUCAAGGAUCGGUAUUUACAAACGGAUUCAAACAGGUGAUUAAAUCGCGUUUGUGACUGAGUUGCGCUCCUUGCGGAGUGUCCCUGUUCCUUCCAAAGGGUGCCCUUCCGUACGUCGUGCGUCCCGGCAUGGGUUCGCGACCCUGAAGGGAUGCAUCCGUAGACUGCUGUCAUAAAACCUCAUCAAGAAAACUAUUACUUCUUUACAUCUGGAGGGCAGCCGAACUGCGGUCAUGUUGUCCCGGGACGCGCUGCGGCGCCAGCGCAGGAGAGAGUUGGACGCUCGGCGGAGCAAGUCGCGGGUGCGCCUGGGGGGGUGCCUGCAGAGCUGGGGACAGCUGAAGGACAGACUGGGCUUUGCCCUGCACUCGGAACUGGCUCAAUACCUGCUUGAGAGCUAUUUCUCCAAGGUCUGCAUCAAGUGCUCAGGUGGCAUGAGCUUCGAGCAGAGAACGGCGACCAUAGUGACGUCGACAGAGAUGCUGCAGGGCCUGGUGCUGCUGGUACAUCGACACGGGCAGCAGUGUCCUUUCCCGCCCACCGUCUGCCGGGGCACCACGGAUGAGGACACCUGUGGGGGACAGGAAGGGGAUAAACAGCCAGAUGAAGAGAAGUGGGCAGUGAAGAGGUGUAGGGGAGCUGGAGAGGCUGAACUUGGUGCUCAAGGGUCAGCCGGUCAUGGAGAAGGAGGAUGUUCCUCCUGCCUGGUGAGGGAGGAGGAGCAGACAGAAGCAGAGUCUCGGACAGGUGUUGUCCUGAGCUGCACCUGCCGGGGGGGGCAUGUCUUCUCUUGGUGUCCAUCUGGGAGCACCAGCGAGGAAGCUGGAGAGGGAAGUGGGAGUGAUGUCACAAGGGACGCUGCCCCCCCCGCAGGCCUGAGCAGGUACACAGAGCUGCAGAGCAGGGAAGUUAAAGAAGCAAGCAGGGAAGUUAAAGAAGCAAGCAGGGAAGCCGCUGGGGUGGAAACCAGAGACACUGAAGAUGGCAGCAUCGAGGAAAUUAGAGAAGCGGGGAACCGGCCGGAGGAUGGUGACGGAACCACAGAGACAGAGGAGCGCAGAACAGGGUCAAAACCAGUGUCAGAAUCAGAGACAGGACAAAACGUCCCACCAACAGAAUCUGUACAAACACAGGAGACAUGGAAGCCCACUGACGGUGAAGAGAAAGACCUGCACGAUGCCAAGCACAAGCACUACAGCAACGUCGUGGAAAAGGAGUCAACUGCCAUACCAAAACCUACCACAAGAGGGAGACAGAAGACAAUGAUUCAGCCCUCGACGGAAAAAGCGAAUUUCAGGUUAAUCACGAGGGACAACAGGAACACAGCGAGAGGGAUAACCAGCGAUGACAUUUCUCAGAUUGCUGGCAAAAGAAAAAGGAAGGCGACACCCAGGGACAUUUUGCCCUGUGAGGUCGAUGGCUGCGACAAGAUCUUCUCCACUCGCCAGUACCUCAAUCAUCACAUGAAGUACCAGCACUUCCAGCAGAAGACGUUCACUUGCUCCCACCCACCCUGUGGAAAGUCCUUCAACUUCAAGAAGCACCUGAAGGAGCACGAGAAGCUGCACAGCAACUGGCGGGACUACAUCUGCGAGUUCUGUGCCCGCGCCUUCCGGACCAGCAGCAACCUGAUCAUCCACCGCAGGAUCCACACUGGCGAGAAGCCGCUGCAGUGUGAAGUCUGUGGAUUCACCUGCCGCCAGAAGGCCUCCCUGAACUGGCACAUGCGCAAGCACAACGCCGAGAGUGGGUACCAGUUCCCGUGUGAGAUCUGCGGCCGGCGAUUUGAGAAGAGGGACAACGUGACCGCACACCGGAGCAAGAGCCACCCCGACCAGUCCCCUGCCCCCCCCGUGGGCACCGACCACAUAGAACCAGCGCUUGACUCCCCUGGGGAGUCAGAUACACCCAAAGGCAGGGACCUCCCCUCUCCGGCAAGCGACAGUGAUGGUGACUCCUUGUCUGCAGUCUGAGUCUCAUAGAUAGAUGCCUUUGUAAUAUGUGAUACACUGUGCCAUUGUGAACGAGUCCACAGAUCAACCCAUAUGCUGUGGUCUGACUGGUAAUGUGCCGUCACUCCUUGUCUUUCUUACAAUUGCUACACUUGUGCCCUCUUGUGGUGGGUAUUAUGAUUGUUACGGUAAGCUGACAUCUAGCUCUGACUCAAAAGCAGGACUGUCCCAUUCCGGUGAGUUUGCAGAUUUCCCUGCUCGAAACACACCUUAUCCAGCUCACCAGCUAAUUUCCAGGUUUAGUAAGUGUGCUUGAGCAGGGAAAUCCGCAAGCUGUGUCACAGACUGGUCAUCCAGGACUGGAAUUGGGAGACCCUGCUGAAAAGAUUUGCCGUACGUUCCUCUGGUCAUGUGUUCAAUUCCAAAUUCCUCUUGUACUACAGUCUGAUAGACAUCAUACAGGAAACUGCCCUUCAGAAUGUGUUCCUUUGGACAAACAAUUGAGUAGCACAUAUAGGGUUUUACCUGGACAUUUUGGACCGUUUUGAGUACUGUUUUUACAGCGUGUUUUUGGAGAGGAUGGGAUGAUGCAAAUUGCUCUGUUGCUGCAUCUGUUGCCAAUCAGCAAAGGGAGCAGCAGGAAAAGCUUCCUCCUGAUUGGUCCAGAUUUGCAGGUGUUUAUUUUCAUUGUUCCUGAUUGGUCCAGAUUUGCAGGUGUUUAUUUACAUUGUGCCAAGCUCCUAAAGCAAGGGAAAUGGAGAUUUUGACAUUUUAAGACUUUUUGGAACAACCUUUUGGAACAUUUUGAACAUUUUAAUCUUAUUUUAGAUACAUUUUACCAUUUUUGUAACUAUUAGGAUACAUGUAGAAAAAUGUCACGCCAGAGGUCGUCUUGGGUGUAAAAUUUUCUCAACAUCCUACAUUAUUUUUGUAUCGUCAAUGUUGUUGUGAUUCCUUGCCAUCAAAUGAAAGCUGAACAUUGGCAACAGACCAGAACCAGAACUUUAAAAAAAAAAAAAAGAGCUGUCCGUCUGUUUGGAUGUUGGAGCUUUUUUGUCUUAAUAAAGACCUCAGAUUUAUACCGUUGGCCGUUUUGGGCUCGAUUUCCAUCAACUCAGGGGUCUGCAAGAUCAGGAACACAGCGACACCCUUUUGCGGGACUUUCUAAAAGACUAAAUCUAGCUAGUUCAUCGGUCGGGUCUUUUGACAGCUAGGGAAGAUGGCAAUUAAUUUGAUUCUGGAAAGCAUUUGGCUCCGUAGCAAAACGGAUACCGUCGACUGGUGCGCACAAUGGUGUCAUUACAGUUGCAAAGAGGACGUGUGAGACUAUUUCAGGUGGAGUUAAAUGGACUAAUUCAGCUUCCUUCCAGUCAUUCACUGGCAGCUGCCCCGGCUUGGUCUGUACGGCUGUGAGUCUGAAAAGGAGGGGGGCAAGUCCACUUUCUAAGUACCAGCAGAUAAGUUGAUCCGCUUCUGCUUUUAAUUGUUUCAUUGUCUUGCUUAACUGAGAGCACAAUCCUCUUACUAGAUGAUUUAAAAAAAAAAACAGCAGCGGCUGCAGCGGGAAGCACGUUACCAGAAGGUUACAGGUCUCCCAUGUAGGUCUUGUAGGAUUUCUGGGUCCUCGACCUGCAUGCUAAUAAGUUGCACAGGAAGAGACUAACCGAUUGCUCCCCCCCUUCCUUUCAGUGAUGAGAUACAAACAGUCUGCACUGAUGGUAUCGAGGAAACUGGUUUUGGUUUAGUAACAGAAACAGAUCUUCAGGCUGCUGUGCUCUGAACAUAUAGAUUUCUCAAUUUAAAUAUAAACUGUAUUUGCCAGUAAAAGUUUUGAAAAAUC